AGAAAUUGCCUAAUUAUGGCACCUUCAGGAAGAAAACAUACAGGGAAAUCGGGGAAACCAGCCGUGGAAGCUCAGGGGAGCCGAGCUUAUGACUUUGACAAAGAUGACAAGAAAGAUCUGAGUGGUUCUGAGGAAGAUGCCAGGGAAGGAGAGACUCCAGUAAUUGAAAAGCAUGGGAAAAAAAGAUCUUCUACAGUCAUUACUCAUGGAACAGUUGAAGAAGAUAUGGGGGGUGAAGUACAGAACAUGUUGGAAAGAUUUGGAGCUGAUAUUAACAAGGCUCUUCUUGCAAAGAGGAAAAGAUUGGAAAUGUAUACUAAGGCUUCUCUUAAAACUAGUAAUCAGAAAAUUGAGCAUGUUUGGAAAACACAACAAGAACAAAGGCAAAAACUCAACCAGGAAUAUUCUCAGCAGUUCCUGACAUUAUUUCAGCAGUGGGAUGUGGAUGUUCAGAAAGCGGAGGAACAGGAAGAAAAGCUGGCUAAUAUGUUUCGACAACAGCAAAAGGUUUUUCAACAAGCCAGAAUAGUUCAGAGCCAGAGACUGAAAACAAUUAAACAACUAUAUGAACAGUUCUUAAAGAAUAUGGAAGACUUGGAGAAGAAUCAUGAAAGCCUCCUUACUGGUGCACAAAAUGAACUUAGAAAAGAAAUGGCCAUGUUACAAAAGAAAAUUAUGAUGGACACUCAGCAGCAAGAAAUGGCAAGUGUUCGAAAAUCUCUUCAAUCCAUGUUAUUCUGAUGGCUCUUUGAAGAAAGAAC